AUGGACAACCUGACAUUGAAGAACAACAUCCUCCUAGUGGAAGGACUAAAAGUCACACCCCAGUCUUCCUUCCCCGUUUUCAUCCUUCUUCUGAUAGUUUAUGUAUUUAUAAUAAUAUCUAAUACUGCCCUUGUAAUUUUGAUCUCAACAGAGAAAAGUAUGCAUGACCCUAUGCACUUUUUGUUCUGUAACCUGCCCGUGAAUGAUAUAUUAGGAACCACUGUCAUUUUACCACGAUUACUGCAGGAUAUUUUAACAGAUGAAUCAGAGCGUUAUAUCACAUAUGUGGACUGUGUUGUUCAAGCUUAUUUUGUGCACAUAUUUGUAGCGGCAAGCCACUAUGUGCUUAUGUUAAGCCUUACGAUACGUCUGUCUCGCUGCAGAUAUAAAAUUGAAAAUCCUUUCUGUGACAAUGCAUCACUGUUUAAACUGUCCUGUGAGGAGGGUGUGGCUGUUAACAAUGUGUUUGGACUCACUUACACAGUAGUUUUAUUUACUUUCUCAAUUCUGUCUGUGCUUAUAACAUAUGUCAAGAUUGCUACUGUAUGCAUAAAAAGCAAAAGCAAAGCCCUCAACAGCAAAGCCAUGAAAACGUGCAGUAGUCAUAUAGCAGUUUAUUUAAUCAUGCUUGUGUCUGGAUCCACUUUUAUUUUCCUCCACCGGUUUCCUCUCUACACUGAGAGCAGGAAACUAGCUAGUAUCAUGUUUCACAUUGUACCACCAGGAUUAAAUCCUUUAGUGUAUGGUUUACAAACCAAAGAGAUACGACAGAAGUUUGUGAGAUUUUGGUGCAGAAAAAAAGGGAAUUAG